AUGCGAAUACACUUUGGUUUGGAUAUUAAUCGUGAAAUGCAUGCUGCUGGCUAUGCUAUGGCAUUAGUAAUGUAUAUUAUUUCGCACUACGAUACUUUAUAUAAUCUAAAGACAUCUCAUGAAUCAGUUCUCAAGUUACGGAUGCCAAAUGUAACAUCAAAUGGAACAGAUUUAUAUUGUGGCAUACCUUAUGAUGAUUGCCGUUGCUCUGUUGUAUCAGUGAAAUACUGCCUCACUGAUACGCAGCUUAAGCUCAGUCGCAUCGUACCCAUAGUUUUAUUCGUAGUACAGAUUUAUCUUGCUCAUGAACUUUUUACGUUAAGUGGAGAUCACAAACAUCUUCUUAUUUGUGCUUUAUGGAUUACUUCAAUGUUUGUUCUCAUUGGUAUUAUAGCUCUGAUUUAUCGUAGCAGCUGUUAUCAUGGGCAUACACUUAGUAUACUUGCUGGCACGGGUUAUUUACUAUUUACUUCUUUUGUUUUUGCUCUGAACUCUCACAAGUCAGCAUCAUCUGUCAUUCAAAGCAACAACUUCAUCACGAACGUUCAAAGAUACCAAAUGACUGAUAGUGAAGCCCUGGUUUAA